CAGAGAGAGAGAGAGAGAGAGAGAGAGAGAGAGAGACCCAGUGAAGACCUUUGAAGAUCUCUGAAGAAGUGAAGCUACAACUGAAGAUUUCAGAAGGAGACUAUCACCAUGGCGAUGUUGACCACUCUUCUGCUUCUCAGCGCUCUCUUUGCUCUGGGAGAUGCAAGGGGUAGCAGAGGGGAUCGGCAAGAUCAGCAUCAUCAUUCUGACUCGGAGGAACACAUUUCUCUUCCGAAAGGUCAGCAUCAUCAUUCUGACUCGGAGGAACACAUUUCUCCUCCGAAAGGUCAGCAUCAUCAUUCUGACUCGGAGGAACACAUUUCUCCUCCGAAGCAUCGGCAUCAUCAUUCUGACUCGGAGGAACACAUUUCUCCUCCGAAGCAUCGGCAUCAUCAUUCUGACUCGGAGGAACACAGUUCUCCUCCGAAAGAGUGUCAUCGCAGAGUCUGCCCACAUGGCUGGCCCAGUUAUAAGACACACUGCUAUCGCUACGUCCCCCUCGUGACCACAUGGCCAGAGGCAGAGAGGAAAUGUUUGCUCUUGGGAGGUAAUCUGGCAUCAGUGCACAGCCUUCCCCAGUAUCGUUUUCUUCAGUCUGUCAUCAAGAAGAGUACCAAGAAAGCGCAGCGGACCUGGAUUGGAGCCAACGAUGCCAUCAAGGAGGGUCUUUGGCUGUGGAGUGACGGGUCCAGGUUUAACUACCAGAACUGGGGCCCGGGGCAACCCUCUAACUACAACCAUGGUGUUGUGAUGGACAACACGAACGGCCGGGAGCAUUGCAUGGAGAUGAACUACGGAGCAUCCCACCGCCAGAAUGAUGUUCCCUGCUGGUUUAAACUUCCCUUCCUGUGUUCCAGAAAGCGGUGAUGGCUACAUUUUAGGAGAGAAUACAUUGGAGAGGCUCUCAGCAUAUGAGAUUGUUUUAAAUAAAGGCACAGUCUGCAAUAUUA